CAUCACUCAGGUGAAUAAUUGAAUAGUUGAAUUCAAGUUUCGAGUUGUGCAUUUAUGACAAAAAAGAAUGAAUGACAAGUUUUGAUUUUGACUUUUUAAAAAUCUAUUGAAAAAUUUUUAUUUAGAAAUAUUUUUUAUAAGAUUUGAUAAUUGAAACUGAUAGUUAAAGGUAAUUUUGAUCUACUUUUAAUAAAUAGAAUUUCAAAUGAAUGAAACUAUUCGUAAUAGGAGAUAUUUAACGUAGAAAAUUUCUUUUAAAAUUAAUCAACAAUAAUGUGAAAGUGAAAUAAUUGUUUAUAGAAUAAAUAUUUAAUUAAUUAGAGAAAUAACUCAAUAGAUGUGCGUAGAAAAUUAAGUCUAUUUUCGUUUAAAUAUCAAUAUUAACUUUAUGAACUAUUUAUAGAAAUUUUUAGUUUUAUCUCUCGAAUUGAAUUAUAUAGUGAAAUAUUUGUUGGGAAAAUUCUUUUUUUUAUUUUAUUUCUUUAUAUUUUAGUUAUUUCAUUUAAUCAACCACAAUUAUGUCCAAGCGCAACUUGGAAUCACAAUGCUAUCCCUUUUGCAGAUCGAUCCAUUGUUGGAGAAUCGCUCUGGACUAUUUUUAUCAAUACAAAUAACACAAUUUAUACAAUUAAUAAAAUUAAAAAGAAGAUUUUAAUAUGGAAUCAAAAUAAUCUUAAUUUCACAUACAUUACUUUGGAUGAUUUCUUAUAUCCCGUAUCUCUAUUUGUAACAUCAAAUGGUGAUAUUUAUUUUGAUAAUGAGCAUAUGAGCAAUUCAACAGUGCAGAGAUGGGAUUCAAAGACACACACUUUUGAAAGUGUUAUGAAUAUAAACUCAUCAUGUUAUGGUCUCUUUAUCGAUAUCAAUGAUGAUUUGUAUUGUUCACUGGGUGAUAAUCAUCAAGUAGUGAAAAGAAACUUGAAGAGUUCUUCGAUGACAUCCAUUCGUGUUGCUGGAACAGGUUAUGAAGGAUCCAAUCCCAAUGAACUUAAAAGUCCUAUUGGCAUUUUUGUUGAUAUGAACUUAAAUUUAUUUGUGGCAGAUAGAGGGAAUCACCGAAUACAAUUAUGCUUAUAUGGAGAAGAAAAUGCCAUUACAGUCGCUGGUCAACGAUCUUAUAAGUUAACUAUUAUACUUAAUGGUCCUAGCGGGAUUACGUUGGAUGCAAAUAAUUAUUUAUUUAUAGUUGAUACUUGGCUUUCUCGUGUGGUUGGAGAAGGACCGUACGGUUUUCGGUGUUUAUUUGGAUGUUAUGAACACGUUUCUCAAUCGAAUCAAUUGAAGGAACCAGUGGCGAUGAGUUUUGAUAGUUUUGGUAACAUGUUUGUUGUGGAUCCAGACAAUGAUCGAAUUCAAAAAUUCUCUAUAGAAAAUUCUUGUGGUAAGUGGAUAUAA